AUGUCAAUAGUGUCUCUGCAGAUUGGCCAAUGUGGAAAUCAGGUUGGCGGUGAAUUUUUUAGAACAGUCAUGAGUGAUAUCCGAAGUGUUCCUUACUCAAAAUCUCGUCUGGAGACAGAGUAUUCGGAAACCUCAUCAGAGACCUUCUUUAACAGACGCGACAAAGGCAACAAUUGGGCAUUUGGAUUUCUUGUGCAUGGUCCGACUUGCGAGCCUGCAGUCGCUGAAUGCCUCCGACAGGAGCUCGAAAACUGUGACUGUGUUGAUGGCAUCCUAAUGACAAUGAGUCUCGCUGGCGGAACCGGCUCUGGUGUCGGAACAUACCUUUCCAGGUAG